GUUGUAACAUCCAGUAGAAUUUAAAUAUCAGAUCAAAUAUCUUCGAUAUUUCGUGUAUGUUUGCACAUUGCACGAAUUCUGUCAUUUUCCGAGUUUCUCACAAUAAUUACACACGUGUGUCAAGGGAUCCUUCACUAAUUUUCUCUUUGAGAAAAUGAUAAUCUGUCUGUCUUCCCCUUUGACGAUUCUCAGUGGAAGCAGAUAGAGCGUGCUAUUAUCUUGCCAGCUUCAGAUUUAUCAGAAGCUCGUUGAUAAUGCACGCGUGCACGCAGGCGUGCGUCGUGGCAUCCAGCUCAUGGUGGCGACUCGCCGCGUGUUUUAUCAGCGUCGACGCGAGCCGUGGCGAGCUGUCGUGUCCCAGAUUUUCAGUCGCACGUAUACACGCGACGACAGUGCGCCAGAGAUCGCGCUGUCGAUCGUUCGCGGAUCCUAGAUCGGUCCAUCCUUAAAACGGUUUCGCGGUUGAACGAGCGCGGAUCGAUCCGACCGGUAGCCACGUCCACGUCCACGGCUGCGUUUCCGGAUAAUCCGAGUACCGAGUUUCUCUCGUCUGCAGUCGCGUUCGUAUCGCGAUCGCAUUCGCGUUUCGCAAGACCGAAAUCUAUGUAUGUACUCCGGAAGGGUCGAUGAUUUCGGUGUCUUCUCCAGUGAUGUUGAUCGUCCAACGAGUGGAAAUUCAAGAGCAGUUUGGUCUGCGUUUGAUCUUCGAACGACUCGUGCUGGACUCCUCUUCCGCAUUUUUGCCGAAGUGUUACAGAAGAAAGAGUAUCGCGAGGAUCGUGGGAACUCGCGUGGAAGGGAAACGGGGCGGAACACGGCGGUGGAAAGAGGAGCAUCGUGAGGCAAGCAAGGAACUUUUGAAAAGGAAUUCAAGGGUGAUCAUGGAAGACGAGGAUUUCGGCUUUAUGAGAAGAGCCGACGGUGUCCUGAAGAAUGUUAAUAACGAUCUGAACGACACGAAAGGUGCAACGAAGACUGAAAAUGAUUGCUCGGAAAGAAAGACGGGAGAAACGGUUGGCGGGCAUAGAUCAGUGAUGACAGCGCCGUUAUUCGGGGCGACCGAGGCCGGAAACACCGUCCCUGAGCGGCCAGCGACCGCCUCUUCAUCCUCUCCGGCUUCCUCAGUCGUUUCCAACCCGCCGUACAUACCGAACGUGGUCGAAUAUCACCUGAAAGUGAAGCCCGGCCAAACACAGAAGAUACAUCAACUUGAUAACAGUACCGAAAGCCAACAGACGAACGAGAUGAAGAAGGACAAAAAUCCUGCGAGUUCCACUGACAAAAAGAAGGACCUAGUGUCGAAGCUGUUUCGCUUAUCCAUCGAUAACAAUGUCUUCGAAGGUUCGACGGAUCUUCCUCAGGUGUUUCAGGUGAAAUAUCUGGGCUCUCAUGCUGCCAGGGGCCUCUGGGGCAUCAAGCACACGAGGAGGCCAGUCGAUAAUAUGGUUGCUGCCGCGAAGGCCUUACCAACAAACACCAUGCUCCCUCUGAUCAAACUGGUCGUCUCUCAGGACGGCGUGGCUCUCAGGAAACAGGACACGAACUUCACCAAGAUGCACGCCAUCGAGACGAUCUCUUACGGUGUUCAGGAUCUCGUCUACACGCGGGUGUUCUCCAUGAUCGUCGUACGCGAGACAGAGAACUUCAGGAGGGUCUCGCCGUUCGAAUGCCACGGUUUCGUUUGCGAGUCGAAGCAUCACGCGAGACAGCUCACUUACGCCCUGGCUGCGGCUUUCGAGAUUUACUCGAGGACCGUGAAGGCCCAGGACAAAAUGGCCGAGAUGGCAGGCAAAAACGCGAAGAAGAGGUUCGCUAUUGAUCUUAGGAGUCCCGAGGAAAUCGAGGCUGAUUUAGCGGUAGAUUCCGAGGCUUAGGUUUCGUUCUUCUCUUCGACGAGAGAGAAGGGUCUAUUCUCUCUGACGAGGGGACAUUUCAGAAGAAAUUCGAGAAGAAAUUCUUCGCUCGUCGCCACGUCACGAUAUGGCAAGAUUGUUGGGAGGAAAUUAAUAGGCGCAGGAUUAUACGUAGGAUGUCUACUUGUUGGACAAUACAGGGUACACGCGAAUUGUCGAAAAUGCUUAAUAUAUGUAGAAGAUUGCAUUUGUGCAGGGUGAUUUUGAAACUUUCGUGUAAUUGGAAAGGCCUCGAUUCUUCGUGUAAAUUUAUAUAUCGAAAAUAUAGGAUAGAAUAUUUUUGUACGACGAAUAUUUUUCGUUCUUUUUUCUUUUUUUUUUUUUAAUUAAUACUUUACGUUUUCGACUUAUCUUUACGCGAAGAAU